AUGGGAUUAUUAUCGUUGGGCACACCUUACUCGUGGUUCGAAAGCAGGAGCUACUGUGAUCACGUUAAGAAGAACGCGUUAGAGCAACUGUAUCAUUGUUUCGAAGCAGCAAAGAACCGGAGUGACGACAAAUAUUUUUGGGGAGAUGAAGUCGAGUAUAUGGUAGUACAUAUGGAUUCGAAGGCCAAAAAGGCGCAAUUAUCCAUCGAUGAAGAUCACGUUUUUGCUGACUUAGCCGACGAGAAGAUCUGCGAUGAGCGUGAUGUUUCUUACCAUCCAGAGUAUGGUAGGUUCAUGAUAGAGGCGACUCCUUACAGACCUUACGAUGGUGACAGUCUGUCUCAUUAUUUGUAUGUCCAAGAAAACAUGGACACUAGGAGGCAAUUGGCUCAGAAGUACUUGAAAGACCCUGAUGCAGUUUUGAUUUCACUGACAACUUUCCCAAGGAUGGGGACAGAUGAUUUCACCUUUCCAGCUGCCAUCGUCGGCGGACCUUCCGCAAAGUCGUUAUUUGUACCUGAGGAAAUCACCAAUAGACAUGUUAGGUUUCCCACGUUAACAGCAAAUAUUCGUCGCCGAAGAGGUUGUAAAGUGGCUAUCAAUAUUCCUUUGUAUAAGGACAAGUAUACCAGAAAGGAUGACGAGUUGGAUCCUACCAUCCCGUUCAACAGAUCCAAGUUUCCAUACAGUGACGCAGAAGCUGGUCAAGGUGCCGCAUUACCUGGUCAUAUUUAUAUGGAUGCUAUGGGUUUUGGUAUGGGUUCUUCUUGCCUACAAAUCACCAUGCAAGCGCAGGACUUGAAGACUGCCAGAUACUUGUACGAUUCGUUGAUGAAUAUUGCUCCCUUGGCACUCUCAGCCAGUGCUUCCGCACCUAUAUUUAGAGGAUUCUUGGCUGAUCAGGAUGUCAGGUGGAAUGUUAUAUCUGGUGCCGUGGAUGAUAGAACUCCGUAUGAAAGAGGAGUCGAUCCAUUACCAGGCCAUGGUGCCAAGGGCAACAUUAAGGAAGGUAAGCCAGUUAUUAGAAUUCCAAAGUCUCGAUAUGACUCCGUUGACCAGUACCUUAGUGACCCUUCAGAUUCAUUCAAUGAGGAGAGUUACAACGACUUGGAUUCUCCCAUAAACGAAGAAGCCUACAAAACCUUGCUAUCGUAUGGGUUCGACAGUACCUUGGCUCAUCAUUUUGCCCACCUGUUUAUCAGGGAUCCUAUUGUGAUCUUCAAUGAACGAGUCCACCAGGACAACACGAAGGAGAACGAUCAUUUUGAGAACAUCCAGAGCACUAAUUGGCAAACCUUGAGAUUCAAGCCCCCUACUCAGUUUGCAACGCCUGAUCAAAAGGAUCAACCAGGUUGGAGAGUAGAGUUAAGACCAAUGGAGAUUAGCAUCACCAGUUUUGAAAACGCAGCCUACUCUGUCUUUUUCACUUUGUUGUCCAAGGCUAUCCUACUAUUCAGACCCAAUUUUUACUUACCUGUCUCCCUGAUAGAGGAGAAUAUGGUUACUGCCCAUCGUGUAGACUCUAUUAUAAAGGACAAAUUCCACUUCAGAGUCAACACAGAGUCAGUCAAAAGCGACGCCAUAAUCAAGGAGCUGACCAUCAAAGAAGUUUUCCAUGGUUCAUCCGACUUUGAAGGUUUAAUUUCCCUCGUUAAUAAGGCCAUUGAUUCUCAGUCGAAGCUGUGGUCGAAAGAGUUUUCCUCAUCUCAGGAAUUUGAUCAUGCUUUAGGAAAGUUGAAGGUGUAUAUCAAGUUCAUUGGACUCCGUACCAGUGGCGAAAUACCCUCUACCGCAAGAUUUAUCCGUGACUUUGUAAUUAAGCAUCCAGAAUACAAGCAAGAUAGUGUUGUUUCAGACUCAGUUAGUUACGACCUCUUAGAGAAACUGGUGAAACUGACCAAGUAUGAAAGGGAUACUGUCGCUGAGUUCUUUGGUCCCGAAUUAACGCACGAUCUUGAAGCGUUCCAAUUUAUCUAG